AUGAAGACCAUAGAAGAACUACAAAAUGAACUUAUCAGCGUUAACGACGAAUUGCAAAAGGUCGAUGCUGAACUUGAGAAAUGGAGGACCCGGCAAAGAAAAUUGCACGAAAAACGCAAUAGUUUAAAAAAUACUAUUAAUACUAUAAAAUCUGAAACAUUAGCGAGCGUUGACUGGGCUGGUACUGAAUACGAGUGGUCGGAAGACGUCAAAAAUGUUUUAAAAGAAAAAUUUCGAUUAAAAACUUUUCGUGCGAAACAAAUGAGCGCGAUUAAUUCCACGUUAUCAGGCCAACACGCGAUAGUCGUGAUGCCGACAGGCGCCGGUAAGAGUCUUUGCUACCAGCUACCUGCACUCGUUAGGCCUGGACUAACAGUGGUCGUGUCACCACUCGUGUCGCUUAUGGAAGACCAAGUAAGAUCUCUCACAGAUAAGAAAAUAAGCGCCAAAUUGAUAACCAGCACUAGUCCAAAAGAGGAAACGUCUGCUGUACUGAACAUGCUAAAAGACAAAUCUGCCACUGUAAAACUAUUAUAUGUAACUCCGGAACGUUUUGCUAAAAGUAAGAGAUUCAUGUCGAAUUUGCAAAAAUGUUAUACUGAUGGAAGCCUGCAAAGAAUUGCUAUUGAUGAGGUUCACUGUUGUUCCCAGUGGGGUCAUGACUUUAGACCUGAUUAUAAGUAUCUUGGGAUACUGACUCAAAUAUUUCCCAACAUUCCAAUAUUGGGGUUAACUGCGACAGCUACUGCUCAUGUUCUAAAUGAUGUUCAAAAAAUACUAAACAUACCUGGUUGCUUAAUCAUAAAAUCUACAUUUAAUCGUCCUAAUUUGUAUUACAAAAUUCUAGAGAAACCAACAUCCCAAGAUGAUUGUCUCAUUAUAUUAGAAAAACUUUUGAAAUACAGGUACAAAGAUCAAUCUGGAAUAAUCUACACAAAUAGCAUAAAAGAUGCUGAGGAAAUAGCUGAAGGACUAAGGAAAAAAGGUCUAAAAGUGGCUUGUUAUCAUGCUAAUUUAGAUGCAGAUAUUAGAUCAAAGGUCCAUAUCCGAUGGCAUGAACAACAUUACCAAGCCAUAGUUGCAACUGUAGCAUUUGGCAUGGGAAUUGAUAAACCAGAUGUCAGGUUUGUCAUACACCACACUAUCAGCAAAUCAAUGGAAAACUACUACCAAGAGAGUGGAAGAGCUGGACGAGAUGGUCUCAGAGCUGAGUGCAUAACCCUGUACAGAAUGCAGGACAUAUUUAAAGUGAGCACUAUGGUAUUUCAGUCUUCAGCUGGUAGCACUGAUCAUUUAUAUGAAAUGGUGAAAUAUUGUCUUAAUGGAACAUUAUGUCGGAGGCAAAUUAUUGCAAAACAUUUUGAUGAAGAUUGGGGUGAUAGUGACUGCAAUAAGAUGUGUGACGUUUGCAGUACCAGUCAAUCAGAUUCACCCAAAGAUUUGGAUCUUAGAGCUCAUUGUAGGAUUAUUGCUCAUAUUCUAGAAAAUGCUGAGAAGCUAGACACCAAAUUAACAGCUCAGAAAUUACUUGAUGCAUGGUUUUUAAAAGGGCCAGUAAAUUUAAGACAUAAAGGAAAGGAGCCAAAUUUUCCUCGUGUUUUAGGUGAAGAUGUUAUAGCAUUUUUAUUAAUAAACGGUUAUUUAGUAGAAGAUUUUCAUUUCACUGCUUAUUCGACUAUAAGCUACCUAAAAAUAGGUCCUGAAAUGUCAGGAGUAAAUAAUGAUGGCUUUAAGCUUAAAAUGCGAGUUAGAGUUUAUUCCCAUUUUGAAUUGAGCAAGCUGGCACCUACUGAAUUGUUUGAAGAAACAGAUAAUAAAUCAGUGAAAAGGAAAACAGAACCACCACCGCAAGUAAAGGUUAAGAGAAGAUUGGUUGAAAUUGAUGAUUAAUUAAACACUAAAACUAUUUAA